CGUCAGACCAAGGCAGUCGGGCUGGGCAGAAACAUGUCACGGUGUUGAGACGCACGCCGACCUGCAACGACGAGAAAACACAACUCCCUACAUCUCGGUGGGACUGUUUAGGGUGGUGUGGGGAAGGCCUUCUUCUCCAUCUUGAUCAGCCCCCCCACCCCAGUCCAUACAGGGAGCCAUGAGCACACAGGGCAAGGCCAGCGGGCUGAAACCCCCCAGUAAAAUAGUCCGUCCACCAGGGGUGCCAUCAAGGACGUCCCCUUCAUCUGGUACUCCAAAACCGCUUCCCCCUGAGAAGCCCUCUGGAGGUGAGACCUCCCCGACCCAGGACAGAAACCCAGACUUUCAGACCGGCGAAAGGGUCUGGGUCAAUGGCAACAAGCCCGGCUACGUACAGUUUGUUGGGGGCACGCAGUUUGCUCCCGGGCAGUGGGCGGGCAUCGUUCUGGACGAGGCAAUCGGGAAGAAUGACGGCUCAGUGGCGGGUGUCCGGUACUUCCAGUGUGAGGAUGGGCGGGGCAUAUUCACACGACCUUCAAAGCUGUCCAGAACUCCAGUGGCGGAGAAGGCGGAGAAGGAGGAGAACGGAGGGCGGGCCAGCCCGGCACAAGGAGCCUCUGCAGCAAACAAGUCUGCUCCGGCCAGCUCCAUCACCACCGCUCAGGGAACGGGGAUAAAGAUGAGUGGCAAUCUCAACCGGAUGGUGGUAUCCACCGAGUCGGUGUCCAACCUGUCAGACCCAGACUCCAUGAAGAAGAACCAGAGGGAGCUGAGGCUGGGAGACCGUGUGCUAGUCGGUGGUUCCAAGGCCGGAGUGGUGCGGUUUCUUGGAGAGACAGACUUUGCCAAAGGAGAGUGGUGCGGAGUGGAACUGGAUGAACCUCUGGGGAAGAAUGAUGGAGCUGUGGCCGGAACCAGAUACUUCCAGUGCUUGCCCAGGUAUGGCCUCUUUGCCCCCGUCCACAAGGUGACGCGGAUUGGCUUCCCCUGCACCACCCCCACAAAGGCGAAGAGCUCACGUAGGAGGUCCACUCUCAAGAGGAGCCCCAGUGCAUCCUCCAUCAGCUCCCUCAGCUCCGCCACCUCCUCCAUCAGUGGGAAGCCCAGCCGGGCAGGACUGAUGAGUGAGACAUCUGCUCGGUAUGCUCGAAAGAUUUCGGGCACCACAGCGUUGCAGGAGGCUCUGAAGGAGAAACAGCAGCACAUCGAACAGCUGCUGGCAGAAAGGGACCUGGAGAGGUGUGAGGUGGCCAAAGCCAACAGCCACGUGGUAGAGGUCCAGCAAGAGGUGGCUCUGCUGAGGAAAGGGCAGGAUCAGUACGCCGUGGAGUCUGAGGCCAAGCUGGAUAACCUGCGCUCGUUGGUGGAGGCCGCAGAUCGAGACAAGGUGGAGUUGCUCAACCAGCUGGAGGAGGAGAAGAGGAAAGUGGAGGACCUGCAGUUUCGUGUGGAGGAGGAAUGCAUCACCAAAGGAGACCUGGAGACGCAGACCAGGCUGGAGCAUGCACACAUAAAGGAGCUUGAGCAGAGCCUGUUCUUUGAAAAGACCAAAGCUGAAAAACUCCAGAGGGAUUUAGAGGACGCGAGGGUGGCCACGGUGUCUGAGCGCUCCAGGAUCAUGGAGCUGGAGAGGGAGGUGGCAGACCUCCUUCUCAGGCUCCGGGCGUCCCAGCAGAAGGAAGACGCUGCGUCUCUGUCGCAGCAGCAGAUCAGCAGCCUGAAGGCCCAGGUUCAGUCCCAGGAGAAGAAGAUCAGUGAGCUGAGCGUCGAUCUGGAGAGCAAACAGAAGGAACUUCAGUCUGCAGAGCAGGACAAGACUUCUCUGGAGCAGCAGUUAACCACCCUGAAACAGAAGCUUGAGGCGGCCGAGGAGGAGAACAGGAAGACGGCAAAGACCAUGCAGGAGCUGGAGCAGAGUCUGGAGUGCACAAAGAAAGAUGCUGAAACACGGAACGAGGAGAGUCUGUGCAGGGAGGCCGAGCUGAGAGCGCAGCUGACGCAGACUAAUGAAAAGUUGGAGAGGACGACGCUGUCGUUUGAGCAGCUGACCAACCAGAAAACUACACUGGAGUUUGAGCUCGAGGCUUUGAAGCAGCAGAACUCCGGAUACCAGGAAGAGCUCAGUCCGUCCAAAAAGCAGAGCAGCUCAGAAAACCAGCUGGUCGGCGUCCUCUUCCAGGAUGAGGAGAUGAAGCUGGCCUCCCAGAAGUCUGAGCAUCUCGGCGAGCACAAUGAGGAGCGCUACCGUCAGCAGCCGGACAUGAAGACUCGAGAAACCAUCUGCACUCAAGACACUGAGGAGGAAGUAAACCUCCAGAACUCCACCGGAGCCAAAGACCAGGAACUAGAAAGUCUCCGUAACGAGAUUGCUAUGCUGAGAGGAGAAAACGCCAUGGCCAAAACCCUGCAGUCGGCCGUGGCGACAUUAGAGAAGGACAAAGCUCAGCUUCAGAGUCGUGUUCAAAGUUUAGAGCAAAGGCUGAUGGGAACGCAGGCUCUGGAGGGAGAAGACGGGGACGCUCCACCCUCAGGUGAUGCAGCUCUGCAGCAGCUGAGGGAAGAGAAGGAGUUUGCUGAAGGACAGAUCAACUUCCUGAACAGUGUGAUCGUGGACCUGCAGCGGAAGAACGAGGAGCUGAAAAUCAAACUGAAGAAGUUCGCUCUGGCUGAUUUCACCAACGAGAUGGAUGGGUUCCCUGGAGAAACAGUGCAUAAGCGUGAGAAGAAAUCAACCCCGCGUCUGUUCUGUGACAUCUGCGACUGCUUCGACCUUCAUGACACGGAGGACUGUCCCACUCAGGCUCAGAGCCCCGACUCGGUACCUCACACCACCUACCACGGCAACCCGGCCGACGAGCGGCCCUACUGCGACAUCUGCGAGGCCUUCGGACACGCUACCGCGUCUUGCAACGAUGACCAGACCUUCUAAAGUAUUUUCACCCCUUCACUCCCCCAAAUAAUAGACUUUUCCAUAAUAUAUUUUUGUACUAUAUUUAUGCAUAACACCUGUAGCCACUGUCGUGAUCUAAAUCCUUCACAGAGGGAAGACUGAUUAUAAUGCAGAAUGCUCGUCCAAAAAUGCUGCUUUGGUGCAAUGUUGAUGUUUAAACUCGUCCUCUGCACUUGUAGUUUUCAACCUAGUGAGUUUGUUUCUACAGUAAGCAUAAGUAACAUUCCACAUGUGCUGUUUUUAGACUUUAUUUGUUGUGGGCAACAAAGUCAUGUAACGCAGGUAGAAAAUGAAGGGAAAAUGAAACUCUAAUCCUUUACACAAAUUCCUCAGUCAGUUAAUCAAUCAAAGUGAUACAUCAAUCUAAUGGUUUGUGUGCAGUAAUAAUUCAUAAAGCCCUCACUCCAAUUUAUUAACCCGUGUUGAGGUAAUUAAUGUGUUUUAGGGUCAAUAUAAGAAUGGAAAGUUGUAAUUCUAUGAAUAUUUUGAGAUGAACCUUUUCUAGAACAAAGUAACAAAGAAAAAAAAAUCUAUAAUGGGAAUGCGCAUGACGUCACAGAUGCGACUUCACAGCAGGUUACGCCCACUGAGUGGCAGAAAGACUGAGUGGCAACGUAAACUUUCAGUUUGAGCUCUUGAAAACAUCUAAAAUGGGAAAGAGCUGUUGUGCGAUCGACUGUACUCAUAGAUUUAGCAAGAAAUCGGAGUUAUCGUUUUACAGGCUGACGAAAAGUAAGCUUAAGAGAGACAAAUGGAUCGCUGCAAUUUGCAGAAACAACUGGAUUCCAGGCACCAAAACGUGGAUUUGUUCCCAUUUUGUAUCAGGUAACGUUGGAUUUUUGGGUAGCUAACGUUAAACGGUUAAAUCACAAAUUUCGCUAACAAAUCCUGCCUUGAAAUAGGACCAAGCUUCAAGACUUUUUUAAGCCUUCAAGCUUUGCUUCGUGUAUUUCUCCGGCGUAAUUAAGUACAUAUAAACAUCAGGAAACUCAAUUCGUAGUCAAAUAUUAAUGUCCAUGGACCACUGGUUCUUGGGGUAACUGUAUGGGUCACUGUCAAAUCCAACUGCCUUAAAUUAAGCCAAUAAUCGGCUGUUAUCCCGUCUUCUCCACAGUUUCCCCGACUAGUUGCAGCCGUUUUUGCCACUCAGUGCGAGUAAGGGGGCUGAUCCAGUGGGAAUGUGACGUCAAUGCAGACCCUGUAUUAGCCACUUUAUGUAGUAAUUCCACUUCUGACCACAUGGGGGCAUCAUCAUGUCACAAGAAAUGUUCAUGCCUUGGACGACAGUGCACCUCUAGUGGGACGGAUUGGUCCUGCAAGCACGCUGGACUGUCAGUGGCUCAGUUGUCAACACAGAACUAAAACGGCCCCGCUUGGUCAGAGGCGGUACUGCUACAUAGAGUGGUUUUUAAAGGUAAGGCCAUAAUACUUUCUGGGGAAAAAAAUACUUUGAGGAUAAAGCUGCAACGUUUUAGGGAUAAAGACAUUUACAGUUUAAGAUUUGGAAUUUUUCCUAAGAAAAGUUUGUAUGAUUAAAGCGACACAAAUUAACUUUUUAUAAAUAUUAUCACUCAUCAUUAAUUACCUUCUCGAGUUUUUUACUCGCUUCUUCCAUGACGUCGACUGCAGCUCUGUGAGCUAGUUUUCAUCGCAAUUUAUAUACUCAGUUGUCGCCACAGUCGACCUUCCUUUACGUACUCAAAUAUUCCUUAAAGUGAAAUUCUAACUGCUUUAUUUUCCAAACAUCAUAGUUAUCUUUUUCGUCUCAUAAUAUUCAAGAUAUCUUUAUCCACAAUACCCCAAUAUUUCCUUGAAGUUUAGGGAUUUGAUUCUCAAAACAUUGCAACAUUUGACCCUUAAACUCUGUAUUUUGAUAAUGGAAACUUUAACCAAAGGAAGAUUCUCAUGUGAAGUGGGUUUGGUUUAAUCUUGACCUUUUGAAACUGUAGUUUAUCAGGAAAAAAAAAAUACAAACCAAGCUUUCUGCUUCAUUUGGCGAUCCUCGUGAGUCGAAGGGCGCACUCUGAAUUUUACAGGAUUUCUCCAUUUGGUGCUGAAGUCCAUGAGAUCAAGGGAAGCAUCAAAACAAACCUCAUGGAUGGAGGUCGCGUAUUUGACACGUAGUUGAGUUCACUUGUGCUCUUUAUGGUAUGAAAAUGCAUUCAGUUUAGAAGUUUAAGCAUUUCUCACCAGCAUUGUGUUGACAUUUAAAUUUAAAGUUUAAAUGAACCUUAUGCCGAUAUUUGUUUCAUCAGUGAUGGUUUCCAAUGUCAGGAACCCUGAAAUUAUGCAGCUAAAAGGGAAAGAGGACCCGCCAUAGCUGAUGGUGAAGGUUUUUAUUGUUUGAUCUUUUACUCGCCGGGGAUUAUUCUUGCAGGGAAAUAAGCUAACAGACAGAUGUUUAGUCUCUAGUGGGACGACGGUAGUGCAGGUGACACAAACUCACCCACAUGAAGCUGUAGGAGCUGCUACUAACUUAGUUCUUUUUGCACACUUCACUUUAAUGAUUCCACCUUCAAGAAACGUAAAAUAACCCUGAUUAUAAAGUUAUAUAAAAGUUAUUUUAUGAAGAAGUACGAGGCAGAUUUUUUCCAACUGUCCUGCGUUCAUACUGCCAUCUGGACAUAUUUACAUUUAUGUAAUUGUGCUUAUUCACUUUGAGGUUUAGGUGACACUCCAUUUUCCUUAAGUUUGUUCUCAAACGCUGCGUUUUAAGUAGAUAUUCAUGUCGUAAAGUCAAGUAAGCGGCUCAGAAGCACAAACACUUCGUGGUUUUGAGUUUAAAAUGCUCAUCAGCUGGUCAUUUCCAGAUAUGUUUGUCUCAUCUACGGUACGUCCACGUUAGCGUCUCAAGCUUUCUGUUGGGGGUGAGGAUGUCUCACAAAUGUGCAUGAUUCCUUAUUCGGUUCAGAACCAGAACCCAGCGCUCCGAACCAAGCGUUUUCAACUGGUCUGGCCAGCCAUCACAGUUAUUUUCCUCUUCCAUACAAAGACGUAGCCUGGUUCCUCUGGAUCCAGCGUUGCUCUCCAGGCGCUAGAACUACAGGAUGUAGAACAACUGGACCAGUACCACCAAAACACAUCCAACAUGUCUACAGAGGAGGAACGCUGGUGAGGGCCUCUGGGUUUGUUUUGAACGAUGACCAUCCUUGGUGUGCUGCCAAGAACUAACUUUAAACAUGUUGGUCAGUACCGUAUUUUCGCGACCAUACGGCGCGCCGUGUGGAAAGGCAGUCUCAGUUAUGUGUGUCAUUUCUGUAUUUAACACACACACACACACGGCGCACCGAACGAAAAGACGCCGGCGUCUACACACACAAAUGGCGCGCCGCCUUACAACAACCCACACACAAGCAUACAAGUGUGCGUAUUUAAAAAUAGAGUGGGAGCAAAACUGAGCACUAUUGUGCUUUAUUUAAGUCUCUAUUACAAAGUACUAACAUUUUUUAAAUCACCAAUGGGGGAGAAAUCACCAAUCCAGGAGAAUUGCCGGGCUGGCCGACCUCCCCGCCCGCGGGGACGCGUCAGCUGCCGCUCGGGCAGCGGUUCCUCCGGAACGCACGGUGUUUAUCAAUGCACUCCCGCAAGGGAGCCGCCGUGAGAGCCCCCAACAACACACAUUCGGCGCACCGCGCCAUUGGGCGCGCCGCACAUUUUGAAAAAAAAAAAAAAAAAACGUUUAUAUGCGCCUAAUGGUCGCGAAAAUACAGUAAUAUCCCCAUUGGCUGGUGGUGACGUAAUCACGCGCAGCUGGAAGCCGUCUUUCUCGUGAAUGUUUACGGCCCGUUCAGUCUAUGAAGAAUAUGUUCGGUAGUUUAAAUCCAAAAAUAGAAUCUCACACCGUAGAGUUAACAAGAAUUAAGCAGAAACGCAACACCAUCUUGUACGUGUCGUGUUUGAGAUAACAACUAAGAAAACGUCUAAGAAAAGAAUUUUGGUUGCAACACCUUUGAUAAGUCCCAAAACACGGAAAAGUUUAAAGUUACUUUACUCUUUAAAAGAAAUCCAGUUAGUGUAGAUGGCUAUCUUUCAAGUACUAGACAAAAGCACAAAUAUAUUUAAGGCAUCUUACUGAGAAUACUGAUGGAAUGCUAACAUGAACCAUGUCCUGAUGGACGCAACACACCAAGUAACAACAAUAGCAAUCUUGCACUAAGAUUUUUAUGUUCUUCUCUUAGCACCAAGUCUAGCGACAGAGCGGCUAAACUUACCUGGAACCUAAUUAACUCCACGUUAAAUGCCUAAUCAUCAUUUUUACACUUUGUAUUUUGUAUCAAUUACUGAAACCAUGAAAUAAAAUUUCUGUAUUAAAUGAGACAGAAGCUAGCUGUGUUUCCAGACUAAGCUAUGCUAACGAAGCACUAGCUUUGGUUUUUCAUUUAAACACUUAGCUUAGCUUAGCACAGAGUUUGAAAACAGAAGAGCUCAUGUCAGUCAAUCCUGAACAUAAUUACAUUUGUGUUAAAUACGUUAACAUAACUUAGCUGUUCACUCUGCGUUUCCAUGCUAAACUGAGCUAACGCACUGCCAACACUCUUUGUAAGUAGUAUAAUUUAAUAAUUUUGCACAGAUAAUACGUUAUAUAACUGUUCAUGCUAUGUUUCCAGACUGAGCUAAGCUAAUGCACUGCUAGAUUUAGCUUUUCAUGUAAACUGAAAGUGAAGCAACUAAAUUGCUAAAAUGCCAAACUGUUCUUGUGUAGCAACAUGUGUUUGACUUAUUUUGUUCUAAAAGCACAAUUUUGCACCAUGUUGACUGUGUACCAGUGCACGUGACGCAACAAACCAUUGACAGCAGUCUGUGUAAGUUCUGUUCGGAUAUCAGAAACAUUUCAGGCCAAUCUGGGCCACUCCUGGCUUCUUAUGGCUCGGUUACACCACCAGCAAGUGAAGCGUGAGCCCCAAGUGACAGAUGGGGUCAUGGUCCUGGCUCAGCUCGUGUUGUCACAUGAGCUGUUUGGGUUAAGGGUGAUUAGCCAACUUUUGCUUGUGGUACAAAAAAGCAUCCUAAAAAAACUCCCCAUUUGGGCCAUGAUGAGUAGAGUCGAGGCCAGAAGUGGGCCAUGAAAUGUUCUUUGGUAUCGGAGCCAUGAGAGACGUUACUCUGACGUGUACAUAGUGCCAUGAGACAAAAGGAUGGCUUCUGUGUGUGCUGCAUUGUAUUGUAUCUUCUGCCAGUUAAUAAAAACGUUUAUGAAGAUUUACACUCCAGGGAAAUAACCUGUUUGUACAGACCUGAAACAUUGUGUACAAGUGAUGAGUCUAAUUAUUAAUGUAAUGUUUUAUAUGCGUCAGCUUCAGACACCGUCUGUGGUUUUAAAACAUCUUGCAGAUGUUGAUGUUGUGUAAAAUGUCAUUGUUUUCUAUGUACUGUAUACUGCUGAACAGUUAGAUAUGCUAAGAAAAAUAAUACUU